AUGGAGACGUCUGGUGCGCGAGCCUGCCUACUGCCACCGAAACACCCCGACCAAGGUCUGGCGCCGAGCGGCUCCGUGACUCGCGACGAGGAGCGCACCGUGAUCCUUCGUCAUCCGCGAUACCCCGACUCCUCCAACAUCUUGCUAGUGCUGUCGGCGCUUGAUCCAAUCCCCCGCCCGGAUAGGCCCUUCACCGAGGACGACCCUCUCCUAUUUGGUCUGCACCACGACACGGCGCGCGUCGCGUGCGCCAUCAUCGCCGACUGCUGCUGGCACGGAUACCUAUCGGAGAGCAAGGUGGACGGCGCUCCGCCGGUAACGAAUGACCCAGACCAUAUUUUGCCAGGACGCAACUAUUACUUCCAUGUACCGAGCAAUGACGAUGAACAGGGCGUGCCGUAUCCAAUCGUGCCAUCCUUUGCUCACUUCCAGUUCCCGCAUAACAACUUGCCGCCUACAUGGAUGGUUUCUAGGCUAUCAUUUCCCACGAGCCGCAAUAACCCGCCACGCAAGUCUUCUUUUGACAAUACGGUUCUCACCCGAGAUGGCUCCUGCCGCCUGACGGCAUCUACGAUUGGCGCCGAGAUUGCCCACUUCAUCCCUCGCACUGAGGACGCCUGGUUCGCCGCGAACCAAAUGUUACAGUACUCGUCGCAACCUCAGGCUGUCGUCACUAACAAGACCAACAACCCAUGCAACGCCAUGCUGAUGGGCGCCCAGCUGCACUCCGUCUACGACCAGCGUCAGUUCGUUAUAAUCCCGAAAUGGGGCGCCUGGCUAGUUCACGUCCUCUCCGGCCCGCAUAGCGAGGAGCUAGCCGCCGUGUACCACAAUAUCGAGCCACAGCCACUGUCAGGCCUGGCGGUCGAGUACCUCUUUGCACGCUUUGCGUGGACGGUGCUCGCGCAGACCUGCUUCCUCGAAGCGGGCGUGCCACGCCGCCUAGUAGUGCGCGGCAAGGACGGGCAGCCGACGGCGCGCGAGGUGUCAGGCACGGAAUGCCGUAUCAUGUUUACGCCGAGCCUGUCCAGGUCUAAGAGCCGUAGUCAGAGCCCGAAGAAACGCGUACGGGACGAUACGGCAGAGGAUGAGGACAAGUACCGUCGUGUGACGGACUACGACGACGCCGUAUGGGAUGCACGGGGCCGGCCGAGGAAGAGGUCAGCCUACCAAUCGGCCACGACGUCAGCGACUUCUAGUUUUGAGUAUUGGCGUGAUGCAUCAGACUGCGAUAUUGAAGCAGAAUGCGCUUAG